GGAAAAGAAGCGGCAAUGUCCAAUUCAGGCCAGAAGUCCCGCAAGGCUCUCGAGAGAGCUAGUUUCGUCAAUAUUCUUAGCCAGUUGUUGAAAGAAAAAAGAAAUCUUGGGGAUAUCAGUGUUGGGACGGAUUCAAAACAUGAAUCUAAAGGGAUUGAAACAUCUAGGCAACGAGCUGCGACAAUGAACUUUUUGCCUAAUAUGGAUAAUUCUUCUGAGAAUUUAAAACCGACUCUUGUGGCAUCUAAUGCGUUUUCCCCAGAUAUUGUCAGUCUCGGUGCCUCCACUUCCAAGGAAGAUACCAAUACCACGACUGAUUUCAGGAAACCGGCAAAAGUGGAGGCAAAGAAUUCCCAGCUGACCAUGUUUUUUGGGGGCCAAGUGGUGGUAUUUAAUGACUUUCCUUCACACAAGUUCAAGGAAAUCAUGGACAUUUUAGCUAGCUAUGGAUGCUCAUCUGCAUGCAGUGGCGUCGUUGCUGAGACCGGCAUGGAAAAAGUUAAUUAUAAAAUAGACAAAGUCGAGUCUAGAAAUCCUGAAAUUCCGGACCUGAACGUCGCCACCACGACUGGAAAUUGUCCUCCUCCUCCUCCUCAGGUUCCAGCCGGAGAGCGGUGUGAAUAUGGAGGUUCAGAUUUACGAAUUGCCAGAAGAAAUUCACUUCACAAGUUCUUCGAAAAGAGAAAAGACAGGGCAGCUGCAAGAGCACCAUACCAAUUUAACAAUGUUAGAGGGUCUCCUCCGCUGCCUAAACCCGACGAAAGCGAGCCAUCUCACUAGGAAGGUCAAUC